ACAAACCAUCAUAUCUGUUAAGGCAGAAAAACCCCUGCCAACCAAAAGACAAAUAAAAGAAAUAUUAGGUGUCACUUUGUCUGUGUGUGUGACAUUUUGCUUUCAAUUUUACACUACGCGACCCGUGAUUGUUGCCUAAUUCGCGGAGUCAAGGCGGACAGUUUGCUUUUUGAGUGGAAAAUCACCGCGAUUUCACGUGCCGUCGCCCGAGAGCAAGAUAAUCUUCGUGCUGAUUCCCCUCAAUUUUGCGUUGAUUCACCGCGAUUCCCCAUGAUCGCAGUGGAUAUCAAAUGACAUCGAUGAUUCGCCAAUUUGUAGUCAAACUUUAACUGAACCAUGUAACUGAAAUACUGUAGAAAAUUGAGGGAAAAUUCAAACAAACUACCAGUAAUAAAUGAAUCUGAAAUACCAUCAUAUAUUUAUUUUAGUGAAUAGUGUCACACUUUACAUCAGAAAUUUUAAUGCUCGGAAAAAUUCGCACUGGUACCUUAAAAGUGAGACAAGAUGGCGUGCAUAGACAUGGAUGUGAUAAGGGACCUGCCUGGCUACAAGGUCAUAUUGAAAGCAGUUCUCAAGGCACAGAUCCAGCAACUGAUUGACCAGCUGGCAGCGUGUACUGAUGAGGAGUCCGUUAUCCUGACAGCCAGCGUGUCUGAUGGAUCUCUCAGCCACCUCGGGUCAGAGUCUGGAAAAUCUUUCCUCCAGGAAAAUGAUGAUGUCAAGUCCAAGUUUCUUGGAUACUGCCUGAAAAGGUUCCAUGUGAAGGCGCAACAGGAAAGAGAACAGCCUUUGCCAUCGUACGGACUGGUCCAUCAGUCACGUCAGACCCAUCAUCAUGUGGGCGCGACACGGGCAAAUACCCACACAUUCCAAAGACACCAGCCGUAUCCGAGCAACAGGAAGGCCUUCAAGUCAGCCAGUGAUAGCCCAGUAGUUCCUCUUGCAAUAGUGGCCAACACUGCCAGAUAUGCCAAAGAGACCAAAUCUUCUGUCUUAGCUACUGAAGGUACAAAACUGGAUGAGGAUGGUGCUACUGUGUCCCUGAAUUCUGAAAAACAGUCUGACGCAAAUGAAUCCCAUUUCCCUGACAGUGACACACAGAGUAACAAUACAACAAAGGUGGACGGACACCUUGUCAAGGAAGAUAAACCUGCUAAUGAGGAAGGUGAUAAGGAUGACAAUCUUAUGGGUGUCAGUGUGAAUAUUGAGUCCGGGGUGGACUCUAAGCAGGACUCAGACUGGGACCCGGAUGAGUCUAUGGACCUCGCUCAGUAUUCGACAGAGGCCUCCGGUAGCUCACCAGGGCAGACCAUGGAGGACCCUAUGUCUCAUCACAAUGCUGCAUCUACUAACACAGACGAGGUCGAGUUCAAAAUUCUCACUGGGACACAAACAUCGAAAGGUCCCCGCGCCUGUGAACAGCACGUGUGCGACGUCUGCUCGAAGAGUUUCACGUUCGCGACCAACCUGAUACGUCACAAACACCUGCAUAGCAACCAGAAGACGCUGAGCUGUCGCUACUGCGAGUACAUGUGUACCCGGAAGGACCACAUGAAGCUGCAUAUCCAGUCUAUGCACAAAGACCAGAACGACCCCGGCGACUUACCUGUCGACUCCCGACAGGAAACACAGAAAUCACCGCAACAAUAAGUUUACUCACACAGUUGAAGUUAAAAGGGUUUUUUGUUCGAGUCACUAGGUCGGACGGUUUUUCCAAGUAACUGUUUGUAGAGCGGAAUACUUCCACUUCGGCGAAUCGAUUUUAUUGAAACUUCAAACCACUUUUGUGAAUUGAUUUUAUUAAAACUUAAAAUAGGGUAUCAUCACGAGUUUUAAAUCUCUGUUAUGCACUUGAUAAUCUUGCAUAUUCCUCAGUUUUAUUUGCCCUUGAACGUAUUUGACGGAGCGGUUGGUGGUUGUAAGUCAGGUUGGUGUCAAAGCUCCAGUUAAUGUUCAUUCUACGGGGCGGUUGGUGGUUGUACAGUACAGCUUGACAAAUCCGCGCUGCCACCGCGGGCAAACGCGCUCUAGGGCGGAAAAUCACAGCGAUAUUGUUUCUUGUUCGCGGUGUUUUUUCGGCGGUCCUCACAAAAACGCCGCGAACACUAUCACAGUUAGAAGUCACCGCGGAUCGUCGUGGACUUUUCGCGGACCGCGGUGGACGCACGGCGGAUCACGGUGGAGGUUUGUUAUAAGAAAAUAUCAUUCGAGAAAAGGUUCAUUAUAAAAAUAUAUAACAUACAUGUUAACAUUGUACCUUUGUUUUGUUUGUGGUGAGUAAAUGACAUUCCAUCAAAGACGACUCUACGCAAAUGCAUUAAAAACCAUUUUCCCAGAGCGAGGCCACUAAAGGAAUACAUGGUAUUUGUGUCAUGAAAUUAAGCUAAACAGACAAUUCUGAGUGUUGACCAUCUUGGUACAGAAGUUACAUUUCCCUGUCGGGCUAUGGAAAUUUGUAUUUAUACUUUAGAUUAUGCAAAAUUAAAGUAAUAUGUUGUUGUUGUUUU